UCUAAUUUAUCUUAAUAGAUCAAUUUACUUCAGAAAGCUAUUCCAUACUUACUAGCAUUAGUGAUAGGACAAUAUUAUUAGCUGCAAGUAAGUCAAUUUAAAGGUUCCAAAUCAACCAACUUCACACAAAAAAAAUUAAAUGGCAGAUAGUGGCCAAGCAAAAACCUUUCCCCAAUACAUUGCGGCUCUGUCCGUAUGUCUGGGAGCUGUAGCAGCUGGUGCUGUAUUGGGCUGGACAUCAAACAUUUCGAAAGACCUACAGAAGGGAGGAUUAAAUGACCUUGUCAUAAGCGAUGACCAAUUAGGAUGGAUUGGUUCCUUUGUGACUCUAGGAGCUUUGCUGAUGUGUUUUCCAAUCGGCUACAUUUGCGAUUUAAUCGGAAGAAAAUGGGGAUGUCUUCUAACACUUAUACCGUUUACCGUUGGCUGGCUUUUAGUGAUAUUUUCUUCCAGUGUUAGUGUAAUUUACGUCGGAAGAUUUUUGACAGGUUUAGCAGGAGGAUCUUUCUGUGUAGCUGCUCCCAUAUAUAGUGCGGAAAUUGCACAAGCCAGUAUAAGAGGAGCCCUAGGAAGCUAUUUCCAGUUACUCUUGACAGUUGGAAUUCUCAUAGUAUAUAUUGGUGGAGCUUGGAUGCAUCCAAAGGUCCUUGCUAUACUCUCUGCCGUGAUACCAAUCGUUUUUGCAGUAGUCUUCUUCUUUCAACCUGAAACACCUAUCUAUUUAAUGAAGAAAAAUCGACCAGAGGAAGCUAAAAAGGCGUUGCAACGAUUACGUGGAAACGCAUACGAUUGCGAUGCGGAACUAAAAGAAAUACAGCUGAGCUUUGAACAAGGCUCAUCAGAAAAAUCUUUCAUGACAGUUCUAAAAACUAAAGCUGCCAUUAAGGCUAGCUUGAUUACGUUUGGCCUUAUGUUUUUCCAGCAAAUGAGCGGUGUAAACGCUGUUAUUUUUUACACUGGAAAGAUAUUUGAAGCUUCUGGUUCAAGUUUGGAUCCUGCCGUAGGAACCAUAAUUGUAGGAAUUCUUCAAACAUCAGCAACAUUUGGAUCAUCUUUGAUUGUCGACAAGUUUGGACGAAAAAUUUUAUUAUUGAUUUCUAUUGCAUUUAUGGCGCUUUCUGAGUUUGUUCUGGGGAUGUUCUUUACAUUUAAAGAGAGAAGUGUUUUAGAUGACGAUCAGCUUAAAGCCAUUGGAUUUUUACCGAUUGUCUGUUUAGGUAUUUUCAUUGUAAUGUUUUCGGUUGGUUUUGGACCGAUUCCAUGGAUGAUCUCUGCCGAACUAAUGCCUGAAGAAAUUAAGUCUACGAUGGUUUCAGCUGCAGCUACCUUCAAUUGGUUUUUGGCCUUCAUAGUGACCAAAUUUUAUGUAAAUCUAAAGACAAGUAUCGGAGGGGAUGUGACAUUUUAUAUUUUCUCUGGAAUAUGUAUUGGUGGAGUAGCUUUCGUGAUUUUCUGCGUACCAGAGACUAAAGGCAAGUCUGUUGCUGAAGUCCAGGCUCUUCUUAGCGGUGAUAAGACGGCCCCAGUUUCAAACGAAAAAGAGGGUAUUGAUAAUCCUACAUUCGAUAAAAACUAGGUUAGGUUUUAAUAUUUGUACCUGAAUUUUGUACUAGAAAAAUUUUAAUUACUGACUUUCUUCAACAUUUUUGUUAUCUCGUAUAUUAUAAAUUUUCCCAAACAACUAUAGAAUAUGACAAGUGGUAGUUGUCGAUUUUUUAUCAAAAACCCUUAGGCUGCAAGUGUACAGUUGAUGGUAUUUUCUUAAAGAGGACUACAUAAUAUGGACUGUAAAUAUUUUAUGAUUUUACGACCUCUUAAAGACAAUAUUAUCAUUUAUAAAAUGUGAGCGUUUUGGUUGGAAACUUUAAAAUGUCUACAUUAGGUUAGGUAAUGUUAGGAUUUUAUUUUCAAUAAUCAUUAUAAUAAUGACGUAAUAAUGACAUGAUGAUGUCAUCCAAUGUUUUUAUUACAGGUCGCCAGAAAUAUCUGAAACUGCUAAGGUCAGACAGAUCGAAAACUUUGGUUACGCGACGUUGUCAGAUCUCACAGUAAAAUUAAUUUCUGCUUUCUCCUGCGUAAAUUUUAAAACAUUGUGUAUCAUGUCACGGGAUUGUGCACUUAGUGUUCUAUUUUUCACGGCACUGAUAAUAUUCAUGUUUAUUAAAAAAUGUUUUUUAAAUUGUAUUUUAAAUACAAUUACUCGACGAUUUUAUUUGGCAAUUUCAUAAAACCAGUGAUUUCGUACACAUCAUCAUUCAAUCUUCGAUUGUACACUGCUGGACAUAGAUCUUCCUCAUAAUUUUCCAUAUAUUUCGAUCUUGUGUCUCUUGCAUUCAAUUCCUAUGAAAAGGACGACCUAUGCUUCGGUAGGCAUCAUCUCUUUGUCUCCAUUCCAGUAUCCGCUUUGUCUAUUUAUUAUUAUCUGUCAUUCGAGCCACGUGACCUGCCCAGUUCCAUUUCAGUAUUGCUACUAUCUAUACUGCAUCAGCCACUCCUGUUCUUUCUGGUGGUUUGGGAUCUUGUCUCGUAAUGAAACGCAAACGCCCAACAUAGCACGCUCCAUCGCUCUUUGAGACACACGGAUCUUUUGCACUGUUCUCCUUGUCAUGGUCAACGUUUCCGCACCGGAAGUCAACACUGGCGAAACACACUGAUUAAAGGUUUUUCUUAAGGCAUACUGAUAUGUCCGAUUUAAAACUAUGGUUCAGCUUGCCGAAGGCUGCUCAAGUCAGUCUUAUACGACGGAGAAGCUCAACGGUUUGGCUAUCUUUUCCUAUGCAAAUCUCAUGACCUAGGUAUUUAUAGGCCAUACCUAGUCUAUGGAUCUUAUUCCUACGCAUAUAUCUUAGCUGACUACAAGAUUUGUCAUCAUCUGAGGGGUUUAGAUAUAUUUAUUUUCAAUCCCCCUUCUAGCGAGGAAAGGUAGAGCUGAUUUAAAAGUUCUUUGGCUUCAUCUAUCCAUCCGAAUAAGCGAAAACAAUUGAAUGGCGUUAUCGCUGCAAACAUUAUUGAAAAUAAAAGCAAAUUUAUAUUUUAAAUUUUUGACGCGUUUCAGCAUCAUGUUUCAAGCUUAUGUCAACUGAAUACUUUAAAGUUUCCAACCUAAAUACCCACACUGUAUAUAGUUCCACAUAUAUUUUAUUAUAUUUUAUAUUUGUUUAUGUAUGCCAUGUUUGAUAUUAUUCAUUGCUUAAUUUAUUAUUUUAUUUAUAAAGAUUAAAGAUAAAAAAGUGA